CCCAUUUUACCCCACAUUAUCCCAUUUUACCCCAAGUUAUCCCACUCAAAUUAUCCCAUUGGGUAAAAUUACCACAUUGGAACAAUUUACCCCAAUUUACCCCAAAUUACCCCAAUGAAUAACGCCCCCUAAGUGGUGGAGAUUUCCCCUUCUCAAGGAGUGGGAACUUGGUCUGAAAAUGUGAAGCUUUAUUUCAUAGACUUGAUGGAGGAAGAAGUAAAAAAGGGAAAUAGGCAUACAACUACAUUUACUAAAUCCUCUUGGAAAUUCAUGGAGCAUGAGUUGAAAAAGAAGACGGGGAGAGAAUACACUCAUGACCAAAUAAAAAAUAAGUUUAACCAAUUGAGACAAAGCUGGAAAAUUUUGAAAAGUCUAUUGACGGAUACGGCAGUUGGGUAUACUGCGAGCACCGGUCAAAUAUCUGCAACGGAAGAUGUGUGGACUAAGUUGUAUGCGACGCACAAGUAUGCAAGAUAUUUUAGAAGGAAGGGUUGCAAAGGUUAUGACAAGUUGUGUAUCAUUUUUGGUGAUACAACUGCUACUGGUGAUCAUGCUCAUCCCUCUACUAGAAGUCCUACCAUUAGUGAAGAUGAUAAGGAAGAAGAUGAGGAAGAUGUUGAGUCAUCUCGAGCUAAGAAAAAGACGAAAGUGGCAAACAAACGUGUACCGUUGAACCAGCAAAUCCAAUUAGCAAUGGUUGAAGCUUUAACCUCGAUGGGAGAAACUCUAGGAAGAAAAUGGAGUGGAGGGAGAGGAAAAUGAGUUCGGCUACUGCAUAUAGUCAUGUUAGUGGAGGGGGAGGAAGAAGCUCUAAGGAAGAACAAGAAAUGGUUCGGUGCAUCACUACACUUAGUGCUCUUCCCGAUGUUGACUCAACUCGGUUUUCCAAGGCCGCACAUAUUUUGCAUGAUGACGCAUCAUGGAGAACCAUGUUUUAGUCAUGCCUAGCGAGAGAAAGAAGGAUUAGGUGUUAAAUCUACCUUGAUGUUGUUUAUGUUUGUUUCGAAGAAAUUUGUAUUUGUUUAUGUUUGUGUUUGUUUCUAUUAGGCCAAGAACUUUGUGUGUGUUUCUAUAUGUUUGAUUCUAGUAGGUCGAUGACUUUUGUGUGUGUUUAAACUAUGCUUGUGUUCUAGUAGAUUGAAGACUUUUGGGUGUAUUUGUAUUAGUUUUUGAACCUAUAUAUUUGUAUUUCCAUAACGUUGUUGGUAUUAUACUUGUUUAUGUUGUUAACAUGUGUUUCAUGCCUUAUGUAAAUUUUAUUAUGCAAAACUAUGUUUGCAAUAGUGUUCAAUUAUAAUUUUAUAUGUUUUUGGUAGGUAUGGAUGGCAAUACAGAUACAAAUGAUUAUCAACUAUCAUCACAAUCUCAGAUGAGGAGCAAUUUCAAGUCUUAUUGACCAUUCAUGCAUUUAUGAAGUUUAAUGGAUCUUUUAUGGAGCAGCCUCGACCACAAAGGAUUUCAAAAUUAAGUGGGCAUGAUUGGGUGAUUGCGGUUCUAGGUGGUCACCCGGGUACUUGUUUUGACCUCUUAUGAAUGAAAAAAGAAGCAUUUAUUAACUUUUGUGAAGAGUUAAAGAGAAUUGGAAAUUUAAAACAUUCUAGAAACGUGACGAUUCAAGAACAAGUAGCAACCUUUUUAUUUGUGCUUUCUCAGAACGCCUACAUGACAGAAUUGUGUAAGGGCUAUAGAUAGAACUCAUGUUUUAGCUUGUGUGCCGUAAGAUAGUCAAGUUUCAUAUCAUGGAAAGAAAAUUAUGCUGACAAUGAAUAUGAUGUGUGCUUGUUCUUUUGAUAUGUGGUUCACAUUUGUUAUGAGUGGAUGGAAAGGAAGUGCAAAUGAUUCAAGAAUUUUCUUAGAGUGCAUUAGCAAUCCCGCAAACAAAUUCUCUAUGCCCCCUGCAAGAAAGUAUUAUUUGGCUGACUCUGGAUAUACCAAUAUGUUGGGUUUUCUUUCACCGUAUCGUGGAGAGCGAUAUCAUUUGAAUGAUUAUCGAGGGCAGAAUCUUCCACCGCAAGGGACUAGAGAACUAUUCAAUUACUUGCAUUCGUCAUUAAGGAAUGUUAUAGAACGAUGCUUUGAGGUAUUGAAAAAAAGAUUUCCAACUUUAAGAGAGAUGCCUUCACAUAGUUUGAGAAAAUAAAAAUAUAUAGCAUUAGCAUGUUGCGUUAUUCACAACGUGAUUCGAAUGCAUGAUUCUGGAGAUCCAUUCUUUAUCGAGUUUGAAAAUGAAGAUGUGGAACUUGAAGAAGAUGACAUGACUGCACAAGAACAACAAACCAUACCGGUCAAUGUCGGUCCAGAGCACCUUCGUGAGAUGUCAAGGUUUCGAGAUCGUUUGGCCCAAAGGAUGUGGAACGAUCGUGGUGGAUAAUAUCGGGAUGUGUUUUGAAAUUAAUGUAUAUUAUAUUGUAAUGUCACCAAAAUACAUUUUGAGCCUAAUGUAUAUAUAUUAUCAAUGUCAUUAGAACAUGUUGAACAAAUAUUCAUCAUUGUUUCAUGAUGGUGGUGACGUAUUAGGAUUUUUUUUUAAUUUGAA